UCACAGAACUAAACAAUUUAGCAGGGCGCUAUGAUUUGUGCGAAGUUGCGAUGUGGGGAGCUAGAGACACAAGCCCAAGUCUUCCUUUUUUGGCUAGAUGACGUUCACCAAAGCUAUUAUACGGUGCAGGUGAUCCUCCCUUUUCACCAUUUUAUCUAUGUAGUGUUGAAUCAUUUCGACCUGGUGCUUUUUAAUUUUUUUGCAGGUCGUGUCCUUGACUCAUCCAACCUUUGAACCCUUACACGACCUGUAAAAUUGUAGACAGUGGCAAGGUGGGCGGUGCUAUGUUCUGAGGAGCCGGGGCGUCCCGCCUCUACCUGUGACCCAAGACACAGCAAUGCAGGCCUCAGCUCAUCCAAAUUUUAAUUCUAGUUUUGCACCUUGUUUUACCGAGCAUGUUAACACAUUACCUACUUUGAUGAUAAAAAAACGGCUGCGUUUCGAGCUGUACGUCGUGAAUCUUACAUAUAAUUUGAACACCGAUGAGUAAGACGAGGAAAUCAUGGCUGUAAACAGCCACCAUUUUUUACCCUCUCAACUUUCUUCUUUCAUCCCCACUUGUACACUUUUAGCUCCAAAGUCCUCAAAGGCUCUUAUCACUUGCUCAGCCAAACCACUAUCGUCUCACAUGGAUUCACGCAGAAAGUUUCUGGAGUUCCCUCACGUUUCUUCCCCGAUCAGGACUCUCAUGAUUGAUCUCGUAUCGACGGUCGAAUGUCGCCUCGACUCGCAGCUGCUUCCUUGCACUCUACCACCUGAUGUACAGUAUUACGAGAACCAGAGUGGCAACGCUCAAGCCUCUCUGCAAAUCAGAUCAGGCCACAACUCCUCCUCAAUUGAUUUCAUUCUGGGAAGUUGGAUACACUGUGAGUUACCAACAGGAGCAUUGAAUAUAACAAGCCUUUCAGCCUAUCUGAACUCUUCUACAGAUGCACCAAAUUUCUUAAUUGAGCUUAUACAGAGUAGCUCUACAUCUUUAAUCCUCAUCCUUGAUUUGCCUCCUCGAAAGGAUCUUGUCCUAGAUCCAGACUACCUUCACACUUUCUAUGAAAGCACAAAACUGGACACUUACAGACAAAUGCUUGAGAAAGUCCCUGAGGUUACACCAUACUUCUCGCCAACCCUCUACAUACGUUGCACUGUCUCUCCGACAGCAAUUAUGGUACGAAUAGAAACAGAGUCAGGAGAGUCAGCACGAAUUGAGGAGAUUGUAACAAGUUAUGUAGAUCCUAUUGCAAAGGAACUGCUAGGAAUAUGGUUGAAUCGGUGUGCUUUUGCUGAAAGAAAAGUUGGGGUGACAGAAAGAGCUUAUUUGGAAAAGAGGGAUAGUGUAAAUGGGAGCAAGACCAUUGAGAUUGAUCUAGCUUCAAGUUUCCCUAGAUUAUUUGGGCAAGAAGUAGCAGAUCGGGUAAUCCAAGAAAUUCGGAAGGUUUAUACAACCACAUGAGGUGCUGAGGUAUGGAUAGUCAGGGGAAAAUAUUUGGUUACUGUAAAUUAUUUACCUUAACUUUGGAGUAAUAUAUAUUAUUAUUCUCCCCUUUUUACAU